AUGAAGCAGGUAGCUGCCGAGAUGAAGAAGAACAACAUGAUUAUACUGGGCAUCAGCGAAACCAGAUGGACACAAACAGGACAGAGGAGACUGAUAACAGGAGAGGUAUUGCUUUACUCCGGGCAGAAAGAGAGUGACGCACCCCACACGCAGGAAGUAGGCUUUAUGUUGUCCAAGCAAGCACAAAGGGCACUGAUUGGAUGGGAGGCACACGGCCCUAGAAUCAUCACAGCAUCCUUCAGAACCAAGCAGAAGAAGGUUAAGCUCAAUGUCAUCCAGAGUUAUGCUUCAACCAAUGAUUGCGAUGAAGAAGACAAGGACGAGUUUUACAAUAGACUGCAGAAAGUCGUAGAGACAUUCCGAGCCAGAGACAUCGUCAUCCCUUCAAUGCCAAGAUUGGACCCGACAACACAGGAUAUGAACAAGCCAUGGGUAUACACGGGCUGGGAAGUACAGCAAGCCAGAACAACCCGUCAAGGACAAGGAGGGAAAGGUCAUCACAUGACUAGCGCAGCAGAUGAAUAG